UUAUACCAGACGUAAAAAGACACGACCCGCCCACCUGCAGCAACGGAAGAACAAGCCCGGGCAAGUCCUUCACGCUCGUCUGUUUCAUGAGUUUAUUUGAACAAGGUUUUCCACGGAGCCGGAUCAUUUAUACUUCAAGUUCCCCAUAUGGGAUGGCCCUGUAAAUUGUGCAGCACCGUGGUACCAGGAAAGAGUGACAUUUUAAAGCAUUAUAGACUGCAUCAUGGGACCUUUGGACACAGCCAUGCCUUGCCUUGUAUUCAUAUAGAUUGCCCAUGUUCUUUUAAAUCCUGGAGUUCCUUCCGCUCUCACCUCUCAAGAUACCACCCAGAAGCUAAAUCCCUUAAUUCACCACAAGUAAACGAGGAGUUCCGAAGAUGUACUGCGGUUCCCCUGGAAGCAACGUUUAUGUCACAGCUGGACAAGCACACCCCAAAGCUCCUAGAGCUCUUUAGUGCCAAGGGUGGAGCAACUGGUCAACGCAUCAAAAACUUGAUGAUGGAACUGAUACAGGACCCAAGUGCCACUGCAGUGAAGAAGAGAGAUGUCACUCUGAGAUGCCUCUUUGAGUAUAUGGGAGAGAGUGGACAAGAGCUCAUCUCUGAUUACUUUGGGGCUGCAGAGACCACUGUUCAUGAGGACCUGAAAAUGAAGAAUAUGAUCAUCUAUGUCUGCCGUGAGCCAGAUGCAGUAGGAAUCAUCAUAGAGGGAAUACCAGUCCUUACCAAUCUUGGAAAUCUGGCCAAAGCAUGCUGCUUGCUGCUUGGGUUGACAUAUGCACUUAAUCUUGAGUAUCCAUCCAAGGUUUCCAAAACAUUUGAGGUGUUUCAAAGACUUUUCGUGGGACUUGACACACUGCGCCCAAAACCAAGCCCCAAGUUCAUGACUCUGAAAAACAAGCUCCUCGCCUAGGCACUCAGACAUGACUGUCACUCUGCACUUGUGAACAGCUGUUUUCUUUGUCUGUUCAACAUCAUUGUACACUGGACAUAAUGUUGAAUUUUUCAGGAUGUUCUAAUGGUUUGUUCUUGUAAUGUGUUAUACUAUGCUGCAGGUCAUUCUGGUGUGCAAAAAAGUUUAUAUUUUAUACACACAAAAUAGCCCUUCUGUGAAGCUGCACUUUAAAAACUGGUCAGUUAGUGGGAUCAGUGAGAUGUUUAACUAAAGAGGUUUCAAAAUAUUCACACACUGUGAAGGUAUUAUGCUAAGCUGCACUUUUUAAGUUGAGGUCAGAUGCUCAUGCUUGUGAUGCUCAUGCUUGUGACAUGCUGUAAUGUUAGUGUUAAAUGUUUCAAUGUUAUGUACACACUGUACUGUUAAGGUGUUUUACUAACCAGCAGUUUAUAAGCUAAGGUUAUGCUUUCUUUAAUGCAAGAACACAGAUGUUCUUGAUAGUUUAUACUGUCCAGCUCAUUGCUACUGUUUGUAUAUGGCUUGUGACAAAAGUGCCUGUUAACUUGAUAUUAAAAUGUUUUAAUAUUAUGUAUGUACACAGUAAAAAAUACUGUGAAGGUGUUCUACUAACCUGCACUUUGUAAGCUGAUGCAGAUGUUAUUGGUUGUUUACACUGUCCAGCUCAUUGCUGCUGUUUGUAUAUGGCAAUUAAUAAAUGCUGGAAAUUGA